UCUUCCUCGCCUCCGCCUCCACCUCCGCCCCCCUUCCUCCUCCCAGCUCCAAACCCAGGAAACCCUCGCCUCCCCUCCCCUCCCCUCGCGGCGUCCUCUUCCCGCCGCCCGAAUCCCACCCCAGCCGGGCCCGAGCUAGAAGGAGGAGCGGAGCAAGAUGCCCCCGAAGAAGGCGGCGGCGUCGAAGGCCGACGUCGCGAAGAAGCAGAAGGUCGUGGAGGACAAGACCUUCGGGCUCAAGAACAAGAACAAGAGCAAGAACGUCCAGAAGUACGUCCAGUCGCUGCACCAGUCCGUCCAGCCCAAGCCCGACCCGACCAAGACCGCCGCCAAGGCAUGGGGGAACACUCAGAUCGAAGCUGUCAAUACCCUCAUCCGAUUGCUCUGCUCCUCUAACCUUUUAUUUUUCUUGUUUGUGGAUGUGGAUGCGGAUGCGCAGAAGAAGAAGGAGGAGGAGAAGGCGCGCGAGAAGGAGCUCAACGAUCUGUUCAAGGUCGCCGUCAGCCAGCCCAAGGUCCCCGUUGGUGUCGACCCCAAGUCGAUACUUUGCGAGUUCUUCAAGGUUGGACAAUGUCAGAAGGGUUUUAAAUGCAAGUUCUCACACGACCUGAAUGUCCAAAGGAAGGGUGAGAAGAUUGAUAUUUACAGCGACAAGCGUGAUGGAGAGGAAGAAGAUACAAUGGAUGACUGGGAUCAGGAGACCCUUGAGAAAGUUAUUGCAUCAAAAAACGCAGAGUACCAGCAGAACAAACCUACUGAUAUUGUUUGCAAGCACUUUCUUGAUGCUGUGGAGAAGAAGCAGUAUGGGUGGUUUUGGGUUUGUCCAAAUGGCGGCAAGGAGUGCCGCUACAGGCAUGCCCUUCCGCCUGGUUAUGUACUAAAGUCUCAGAUGAAAGCCUUACUAGAGGAAGAGAGUAAAAAGGUUGCAAUUGAAGAUGAGAUUGAAGACCAGCGCAGAAAGGUUCAAACCACAACCCCUAUGACUACAGAAUUGUUCAUGGAAUGGAAAAGGAGGAAGGCAGAAGAAAAGGAAGCUGGUCUGGCGGCCUUGAGGGCAGAUAGGGCUAAGAAUGACCGUAUGAGUGGUCGCGAGUUGUUCAUGGCCGAUGCAAGUGUGUUUAUUGAUGAUGCUGAAGCAUAUGAAGUUUAUGAAAGACGUGAAGAGCCACAAGCCAACCAGGAACAGGGCAAGAAAAGUCAGGAUGAAGGUCCAAGCUCAUCAACCUCUAAUGGCAAGGAGGCUGAUGAGGAGCCGGAUGAUGAAGAUCUAGAUGAUGACGAUGACCUAGACCUUGACGAAUUAAAUGAACUCGAAGCAAGCCUGUCAAGAACUAACAUUCAAAUUCGGGAACCAGGUGAGGGGACAUCAUCUUGAACAGGGAGGUCAUUGAGAAGUCGUACUCCAUUUUUGCGCUCCAAAUCGGCCUACUUGCUUUAUUAGACACAAAAGGGUGGAGCAUAGAUGCAAGUGGACAUUAGUUUCAAGUGACUAUGAUCAUCAUCUGUUUUGAGGGAGCAAUGAUUAACUGAUGAUGCCCAGUGUUAAGAUCGCAUGACAUUUGAUGUUUCCUGUGUUGCCUUGUUGUCUUUGUGGGAGUUAUUUUGCUACUUUGUGAAUAACAGCACCAACGUUUUUCUAGCCUCGUGCAAAACCUAUACGGAAAACCUUGGUGCGGACCUAUUUAUAAGUGGUGGCCCAGGAUUGUAGUCUUUUUACCCCCUUUGUUUAAGAGAAUUUGUGGAUCUUUGAUCA